AUGCGCUCGUUUCACAGGUCUGAAUUGCCCAUGCCCCCUGGGCUGAAAAGCCAAUCCGAGAAGGCGUUCGUGUGUCGUCUGUUGCUAAGUCUGGCUGUUCGUCGGAUGGGCGGUGACGGUGGCGGCGGUGGUCUGAAAGCAAACUGGCCUUCUCCAGCCUCCCUGUCAUGGUACCCUCCGCCCGAGCCCCACCCUCCCGACAAGAGUACGGCCAUGAUCGCUAACCUCAAGACCUUCGCUCAGUCGACCAACCAGACGAUCCGCUCCGAGCAGUCGCCCCGCCCGAACCCUUGCUCAGGUCCCCCAUCAGCCUCCAACCGGCUAACUUGCUCUACUCCCACCGUUCCGUCCGGCUUUUUGUCCUCUUUUCUCCCUGCAUUUACUCUCACGAUUAAUCCAUUUCAUAGGGGAGAUGUUCCGGUUGGGAUAAAGACCGAUUGGACUGUCUAUAAGGCAAAGAGAACGAGUGUAGAGGGAGCGCGCGAACUAGAAGAGGGAAAAAAGCGACAUCAACCACCGAAGAGACACCAACGGAAGUCGAUUGCUUCUGGGUGCCGGUUUUGUUGUUGUCGGAUUUUUUUGCUCUGCCCAACCCGCCCACCGGUACCUCUCCCCUGUCUGUCCAACCACCUUGCUGUAUAUUGGUCUGGUGGCUGUGCGUCUGGGCCGUCUAAUGCCUGGCCCAGGGGCAAUGAUGUCUGGCCUGACCUCACUCUCUCACCCACCACAUCCCACGACCCAUGUCCCAUGUCCGAAGCCCCUGCCCUUGGUCUAUCAACCCCCUGCUGGUCCCUCCUUCAAGACAAGAUUGCUUUCUGA